AUGAGUGCUUCUCAUUCUAAUACUAAUAAUAACGUGGCCAUUGAUGUUACUGAUUAUGUAGAGGCUAUUAAACCACAUACAAAUUUGCAAUUUACCGAUGAAAAACAACAAGCUAGAUUCGAGCUAGGUGUUUCUAUGAUGAUAUAUAAAUGGGACGCUUUAGAUGUAGCGGUUGAAAACCAAUGGGGUGGUGUCGACAGUGCUGAAAAGAGAGAUUGGAUAACUAGCAUUAUUGUCGAUCUGUUUAAAGAUAAUAAAAUUGUCGAUGUUCAAUUGAUCGAAGAAACACUAUUUUAUGCUAUGGUUGAUGAAUUCGAAACACAAAUUGAAGAUGAUAGUGCAUUACCUAUUUCCAUGGGUAUUAUUGGUAUUUGGAGGCAAUGCGCUGCCCACGACUAUUCUAUAGUGGAACAACUAUAUUUACAAUGGAAAAAUAAACAGGAGAAUCGCCAACAAAACAUUAAUAGUCGUCGUGUGCAAGUUGGCAACGAUCCACUGAACCCAGAUGUAUCUGAUGAGGAAGAAGAGGAAGAACAGAACGAUUAUGAUGAUAUGGACAUUGAUGAACCACCAAGUCUAGUACAACCUAAACCAGAUAUGCCAAUUGUUGAUGAUGAUGGAUUCGAAUUAGUUCAAAAAAAGGGUAAAAGACGAAAUUAG